UAAAAAGUGCGACACCGUCGAUAGGCGGCUUAUUUUCUCGGGAGUAAAAUGCAGUCAACUCGCUACAUAAAGACCACUCGCAGCGCGAAGGUAAGCAAAAAUUAUCUUCCUUCGCUGCGCCUGCGGAAGAGUCCGAUGUGGCGGAGGACCGCCACAUUAUACUUUUAUGAUACAGAACUGGUAGUAUUUUCAUUUUUUUGGAAUGAGAUUUAACUACAAAGAAAUUUAAUGAAAUUAAUUGCACCUAAAAAAGAUCAACUUAAAACGACUCGUCUAGUUAUGUCAAAAAUAGAUCCUGGAAAAGAUUGGAAUACUUAUAAUCUUAGAUUUCAUCAUUACUACAGUACUUACAAUAUUGCUGUCAAAGCUGCUAAGAAUGUUCUAGAAGGAAACGUUGCUCGGACAGAAGUAGAAACAGAUUAUGAUCAACCAAGAAAGAGAAAAAAGAACAAGAAGUAUAUAGAAUCUUCAGAUGAAGAUGAAGACAAUCCUCCGUCAAACAUCUUUUGUAGUGCUAGCAAUAAAGUGCCUGCACCAAAUCCUCUUCUUCCAAAUAAAAUAAAAACACUUUUUAAAAAUAAAUCUAUGAAAACGUCAAUGAUAUGUCAACAAAAAGACACGUCUGUUGGGAAAUUAUUUUCCCGUAAAGAGUCACGUGUUACAUCUUUAAGUCCUUCUAAGUUAACUUAUAAAACUACGUUAGACGAAAAUCCGAUGAAGCAUCAUUCUAUGUUGGAAGAGAAUGAUAAAAAUGACAAUGAACAGUACAAGAAUUUUAAUACAAUACACUCCGAAACUUUAAAAGAAAAGAGUGAAGAUGACGUUUUAAAAGUAGAAAGGACCAUACUAUCUACGAACAACGAGAAUGAAGUAUUUCCAAAAUCACCACUAUUUCAAGGUUUAUCAAAUGCAGAUCGUGACUUGCUUACGACAACAUUAAGUCAUUUAAAGAAGCUUCAUGGAUCGGUUGUAUCUAAUCUUGAUAGAGAUUUGCUUCGAAAUGUGUCAAGUAAACUUGAUAUAGUAUUAAUGAACCAACGUCGCAUUUUAAAUGAAAUAUUUCCUGGUGAAGCUAUUUUAGACAGACCCAAAAAUUGUCCCCCUCUUCCAUUACCAGAUGAGAAGUCUUUUGAGGAAUUCAACGAAUUUUUGGAAAAUAAAGUUGCAUUUUCUCAAUUUGUUAGCUAUCUUAAUGCACUUAUUAAUGAUUGUGAUCAGUGGAAUGUUGUUACUCGUCUUAUGUCUAACAUAUUGCAUAAUGAACUUGCAAGACAAGUUAGUUGGAAAGGAACCAGAGGAGUGAAAAUUUCUUUUUACGGAACAAGAAUUAAGGAAGCUUUGUUUUGUAAAUGUUUUACGUUUAUCUUUUCUUUUACUUAUUUGAAAUAUUGAGACACUGAUUAUAAAUUAUUAUAUUAAAUUAUAAGAAGCAAGAAAUAAUUUAAAAUCACAUUUUCCAUUUCUUUGUUUGGCAAAUUUUUAAAUAAAUUAAUUUUGAUGAUGUACUAUUAUUUGUUUAUAAUAGAAAGAAUAUUUUAGUAAAACGUAUUAAAACUUGUUUCUGUAUUCGUAUAAUAUAUGAUUACAAAUUGUGAUCAGUAUACGAUUUAUUUUCAUUAAAUAUGUAUAACAUUCAAUUAUUUUAACAAAUUAUUGUAUUUUAUAUAAUAUUUAAUUAUUGUAUAUAACAUUGAAUACAAAUUUUGUGUGUGCAUCUGUACAGAUUUCUUUACUAAGAAAAUAAAAAAAUAAAUUAUCUUUGCUUUUACUAACGUGCUAAAAAGGUUUAUGUGAUUUUUUAUUUUUUACAUGAUUCAGUAUGAUACGGUAAUUUUUAGAAGACUAAUUCUUUUAAUUUCUUUUUUGUUGUUGUUUAGAUGCUAUAAUGGGCCGUUUUAAAAAUGAGUCUUUAAAAAAUGUUGAAGAAGCUAUAAAGCGCUGGUUGAACACUUCAAGUCAACGCAAAUAAGAAAAAUAUAAUCAGAUCUUUCACUUAAUUUGUGAUUUUUUAUUAAAUUUGUGCUUUUCAUUUUUUUAUUUUUAUUUCUAGAUUUUGUUAUUUUUAUAGAUCAUAAAAAUUGUGCAAGAAUAGGAUUGUGCAAUAAUAUUUGUGUGACCUGUGUCAUCUGUGAUCUUGUAAUGAUUCAUAAUAAAUAUAUCAAAUUAUAAAUAUAA